AUGCUUUCUUCCCGCUUCGCUCGCCUUUCUCUUACCUCUUCCCGAACUUUCCUCGGAGGAGCCGCUGCUAAGCCAAGACAUGAUUCUGAAGGAAGACCACCACCACCAGUAACUCAACUCAAUGAGCACGAAAUGGCUUUGAGAGAUACUGUGAAACGCUUUUCUCAAAACGUAGUUAAGCCACUUGUUCGUGAGAUGGACGAAAAAAGCCAUAUGCAUCAGAGUGUUAUUACUGGCUCUUUCGAAAAUGGGUUCAUGGGAGUCGAAAUUACAAACGAGUUUGGAGGACCUGAAAUGACCUUUUUCGACGCAGUUCUUGUCAUCGAAGAGUUGGCCAAGGUUGAUGCAUCUGUAUCGGUAUUCGUAGAUGUACACAAUACUUUGGUUGUACCUCUCAUCAUUGAACAUGGAACCCAAGCUCAAAAGCAGAAAUAUUUGACCAAAUCCACUUCUGAAUGGAUUGGAUGUUUCUGUCUUACUGAGGCUGGAUCUGGUUCUGAUGCCUUUGCUCUCAAAACUGUAGCUAAAGAAGAUGGUGAUGACUACCUCAUCAGCGGAUCCAAAAUAUUCAUUACCAACGCUGGACACGCUCAUUUCUUCUUGGUAUUCGCUAACAUUGACCCAUCCAAGGGAUAUAAGGGUAUUACUUGUUUCUUGGUUGACCGCAAUGCUGAAGGACUUAGCGUAGGAAAGAAGGAAGACAAACUUGGAAUUCGUGCGUCCUCAACAUGUACUGUUAACUUCGAUAAUGUACGAGUGCCAAAAACAGCAAUUUUGGGUGAAGCAGGGAAAGGUUAUAAGUAUGCCAUCGAAUGCUUGAAUGCCGGACGUAUCGGUAUUGGAGCUCAGAUGAUCGGACUUGCUCAAGGAUGUUAUGAUAACACCAUUCCAUAUUUGCAAGAAAGAAAGCAAUUCAACCAAAGAUUGAUUGAUUUCCAGGGUAUGCAACAUCAAAUUGCUCAGGUUGGCAUGGAAAUAGAAGCUGCUAGACUUCUUGUUUACAACGCUGCUCGUCUGAAGGACAAUGGUCUUCCAUUCGUCAAGCAAGCUGCUAUGGCCAAGCUUUAUUCUUCUCAAGUCGCAACUUCAUGCACAUCUAAGUGCGUCGAAUGGCUCGGUGGAGUUGGGUUCACAAAAGAUUUCCCAGUAGAGAAGUUCUACCGUGACUGCAAAAUUGGUACCAUUUACGAAGGAACUUCCAACGUUCAGCUUAAUACCAUUGCCAAGAUCAUUGAUGCUGAGUACAAGAACUUGGCCUAA